AUGAAUCCAACGAGCCCUUCAGUCAUUCACACAACUCUUUCCGAUGGAAAUAAUACAUCGCCUAACAACAACACCAGAAAUAGCAGCAUUGCACUCUUCUCAACAGAAAGUUAUAUCAUUCUUGCCUUUAAUUAUCCAUUCUUGUUGUUAUUUGUGGCUUUGUUGCUCAUUACAUUUGUGAGUUACAUGAUUCAACGGUCUCAUAUGAAACGAAAUCAACAUGUUCUCUUUUCUCUCUUAUUUGUUCUUGAAGGUUUUGUGUGUGCGAACAUAUUGACAAGAACAUCCUCAGAGUAUGGAAUUCUUCAUCCAGAUCCAGAAGUAGGGAUUGAAAUCAAAGCCGUGAUUAAGAUUUUCGACAGAUGUUUGGCGAAUAGUGCCAUGUUGAUGGAAAUUCUGAUCAUGUGUCAUAUUUCCUACGUUUUCUGUCGAACCUGUCGAUCGGUUGGCACUCUUUCAGCUGUCAAUUUCAAACGCAUGCGUCGAUUUUUCAUCAUUUUUAUCCUUGUUUUUACCAUUCUAUUUGUUGUAUUGAACCUGCUUGUCUUCACUGUAGGUAUUGCAAUUGCAGCAGAUGCUCAUUAUGUGAAUGUCAUUUUGCCAGCCACCGUUGCACUUGUGACUGUGAUGACCUUUUUGUUUUUUGUGUCAUCCAUCGUUGUCGUUGUUGCAAUUAAUAUCAUUGGAAGAAAACUACAGCAUUAUCUUGUGGAGAGCCAGAACCGAAUCAUAAUGUCUCUCAAAGAUGAAUCGACUUUACAAUCGAAAAAUACAAAUAUAGAAAGUGUACAAACUUACAUGAUUAAGAAGAGUGCUCUCAGAAAAUCCAUGCUUAUUCAAUAUGGUCUUAGUGCCUCCUUAUUGGUGCAAUGUAUUGGUUUCUUGUUCAUUCCAGCUCAAAUCUUCAAGACCAUACUAGCAAGUGUUUUUCAUUUCAUUUUCAAUUUGGGAAUUUUCAUUUUCAUUGUGUUGAUUUUAUGCAUUUACAAUCCAUUGAAACAAGUGACAAAAUCUUUCAGUGAAGGUGGCGAUUUCUCUCAAUCGUCUGGAGCGAACGGUCCAACUGAACUUCCAACGAAACGACCAACAACCACUGCUCUUGAUCGAGUGGAGAGAUGUAACAGUUUCAUUUCUUCUCCAGACAGCAAGGAAUUCAAUCAAGAACAAGAGAUUCAAGUGGUGACAACUAGUACAUGUUCUGGUCUUGUGAGUGAAGGCAGUGAUGUUCCUACUCCUAUUAAAUGUGAGCUCAUUCAAUAA